GUUAUACUAACCAGUUAAUUAAAGUUUAGUUUUUGCCAUAAACAGUGAACAUGUUCAAGGAAAUUUUUAAUAUUCUUUUAUUUUUUGGAGUGUUGCAUUCAUCUACAUCAUUAGAAUGCUACACAUGCAAUUUUCCGGGAAAUGAAAAUUGUACAAUUCCUCUCGAUGGAGAUGUACCACAUGGAACAUGCAAAGACGAGUCACUGCCACCAGAAUGGUCACGAAGAGAAGAUAACACUUUUUUGAGGGCUAUCGAAAGAGCAAUGAAGGUUGACAGUUUCAAGUGUGUGACAAUUACUGGAUAUGGUCAAAUCAAUAGUGAUGCUGUGGAGAAAGGAAUAAUAAGAAGUUGCGCACCUAGUUCUCUUACAUGCGAUAAGAUAAAAGAACAAUUGCAAGAGGUUGAUGUCGUAAAUAUAACAUGCAGUUUUUGCAACACAAAUUUGUGUAAUGGAUCUUCAUUUUUACAAAUUUCAAACUUGACAAUCAUUUUUAUUGUGUUGUUGAUAUCAUUACAUUAUUUUAAAUAAUGAAAUAAUUAAAUAAUUAGACAUAUUAUGAUAGAAUACUGAUUAUGAAGAA